AUGAAGAAAAAGGUUCUUCUGAUGGGCAAAAGCGGUUCGGGGAAGACGUCGAUGCGGUCCAUCAUCUUCGCGAACUACAUCGCGCGCGACACCCGAAGACUCGGCGCCACGAUCGACGUGGAGCACUCGCACGUGCGCUUCUUAGGCAAUCUGGUGCUCAACCUGUGGGACUGCGGCGGACAGCCUUUAUGGAGAACUAUUUCGCCGCUCAACGAGAGGUCAGCUCUGCUCGCCUUCAAUGCGUUCUUCAUUUCGUUUCUCUUCUCACAGAAUAUCUUCCGAAACGUCGAGGUUUUGAUUUACGUGUUUGACGUCGAGUCGCGCGAACUCGAGAAAGACAUGCAUUACUACCAGUCGUGUUUGGAGGCCAUCCUCCAGUUCUCGCCCGAAACCAAGAUCUACGAUUUUGUUCUUCUGAUGGGCAAAAGCGGUUCGGGGAAGACGUCGAUGCGGUCCAUCAUCUUCGCGAACUACAUCGCGCGCGACACCCGACGACUCGGCGCCACGAUCGACGUGGAGCACUCGCACGUGCGCUUCUUAGGCAAUCUGGUGCUCAACCUGUGGGACUGCGGCGGACAGGAAGCCUUUAUGGAGAACUACUUCGCCGCUCAGCGAGAGAACAUCUUCCGAAACGUCGAGGUUUUGAUUUACGUGUUUGACGUCGAGUCGCGCGAACUCGAGAAAGACAUGCAUUACUACCAGUCGUGUUUGGAGGCCAUCCUCCAGUUCUCGCCCGAAACCAAGAUCUUCUGUCUCAUCCACAAGAUGGACCUNAUCUUCCGAAACGUCGAGGUUUUGAUUUACGUGUUUGACGUCGAGUCGCGCGAACUCGAGAAAGACAUGCAUUACUACCAGUCGUGUUUGGAGGCCAUCCUCCAGUUCUCGCCCGAAACCAAGAUCUUCUGUCUCAUCCACAAGAUGGACCUGGUGCAGGAGGACCAGCGCGAACUCGUGCGUCGCUCCCUUCUCGUUGAACCGCUUCUCACACUUGUCUCCCAACAGAUCUUCAAAGAGCGCGAAACCGAUCUGAAGCGACUGUCGCGCCCUCUGGACUGCGUCUGCUUCCGCACCUCCAUUUGGGACGAGACGCUGUACAAGGCGUGGUCAACCAUUGUCUACUCUUUGAUCCCGAAUGUCCACGAAUUGGAGAAGCAUUUGAACCAUUUCGCGGAGAUCAUCGACGCCGACGAAGUGCUGCUCUUCGAGAGGGCCACAUUCCUCGUUAUCUCCUACUGUCAGCGCAAACCCCACCGCGACGUUCACCGCUUCGAGAAGGUGUCGAACAUAAUCAAGCAGUUCAAGCUGUCCUGCUCCAAACUGGCCGCGCAGUUCCACUCGAUGGAAGUGAAGAACGCCAAUUUCGCCGCUUUCAUCGACGUCUUCACGCCCAACACUUACGUCAUGGUCAUUAUGUCGGACGCGACCAUUCCUUCGGCCGCCACUCUCAUCAAUAUCCGCAAUUCGAGGAAACAUUUCGAGAAACUAGAGGGCGUUCGCAACGCGCAGUCUUUCCCCAGAAAUUGAUUUCCAAUAAUCGUGACGUCAUUUACGCGCCCAUCGAUCCGCUCAUGACUCACGCGACCG